AUGCCUGUCCACACUAUCCUCGGCGCAACUGGUGGCGUAGGCUCGGCAAUUCUGAGAUGCCUUCUCUCCUCGCAGAUACCCGACCUUCGUAUCAACAUACUGGUACGCUCGAAAAGCAAACUCCUCCAAGCUUUCCCACAACUUGAGUUAACCUCAUCGGCCACCAUCACUAUCUUCGAAGCCCCCAUCUCGAACGAAGAUACCCUCAAAGCAUGUAUUAAGGACGCCUCAAUCAUAUAUGUCUGCGUCGCCACCAACCAUGCCAGCCGUAAGGUCGACAUUGCUCUUACGACGGCAGUACGUCUCGUCGCAGCUCUCGGUCGUCUUCGCAAAGACCAGGGAUCCGAGUACAAGACACCAGUCGUUCUGUUCAAUCGAUCCUUGGCUCUGAAUUCAGAUGUCCAGAUGCCCAUCCCAGGUUUUGCGAAGAGGUUCAUGGUCUUCGCAAUCUGGGCCAUCUACGAGGAUCUUCUGAAGGCCGGUGUGCUAUACGCUAGAGCCGAGAAGGAUGGACUGCUCACGUGCAUCACCGCGGACCCACCUGGAUUGAUGGAUCCUAAGGGGACGAGGGCCACUGGGUAUAAGCUCGUGCAGCGCGGCAAGACGACGGCAUCGAUGAACUAUGCGGACUUUGGCAUAGCUAUGGUAGAACUUGGACAGCGCCGCGAAGAGUUCGGAGGUAAGAUCGUCGGCGUUAGUGCAACCGGCGCAGUGCGGAUCGUCAUCUUCGCUAACCUCUGGAUCAUCUUCCUGGGCCUGAAAAGCCGACUGAUUCCAUUUUAA